AUGUCGCCCAAACUCGCCAUGCUGACCGUGACCUGCAUGCUUCCGGCCCUCGGCCUGCAUAUUUGGUAUUUUCCGGCUCUCGCAGCAAGCGAAUCGCUCACCACGGCAGACGGCAGUUUCGACGAGCAGUCUUGGCUCAAGGAUGCAGAUCCGCCAACGCCGGAGAGGGCUGCGGCAUUCUUGGAUUGCGAAGGCCUUGGCCAAGACCACGGCUUCUGGCCAGUGUUUCGGCAAGCUCUCCUCACCGAGGGUGUGUUUGGUGAGACCACGCUUCAGCUGGCCGUGAGGAAAUGGACGGACUAUGAAAACUUCCAGGAAGAUCUCUUCCGUCGGCGGGACAGCGGAGGCGAGAUGAUCAUGACCGUUCCCGGCCUCACCUUCGCGAACGGCUCAGCAGUUGAAACACGAAUCGCGGAUCUGAUCGACCUACCGCUGGUGCUUCAGAAGGCGCACUUCUCCCAGCUCUUCGAUGAUCCGCCGAAAUGGGGGCCGGAGGAGUUUGCAGGAUUUUUGGCCUGCCCGGUGGGCUUUGUGCUCGUGCAGUAUGUCAUUUUCCUCGCGAAUAAGGUGCGGGCCCAACUGGAUCCAGAGACACUGAAACAGUACUGGGAGGCGAUGCUAAAUGCCUUCGGCUCGAUCUAUUCUGUGCCAAACUACGUCCUCGACCACUCCGAGUCCGCCAACUGGGGCUUGACAUCAACGGACAUUGCUGUGAACAUCAACACGGAGCCGGGUGUGUACUAUCCACGCUACGAGGACUAUUGCUCUCGUCAUCCUGUGCCACCUCCAAGACUGACAGCUUGGCACGAGGAUUCCACGAGUUUGAUGACGCUGGAAGCAUCAGGGCCGGAUUUUUCUGGACUCUGCGCUGGCCGCUCACGAAUUCCCAUCGCGCUGAUUGGAGAGCAUGGGCCAGUGAACUUGGACCACUUGAGCACUGCCCGCGCUGCAUUGAAGGAGGCUUGCGGCAGUGACUACCAGGAUUCCACGGUGGAGGUGGAGGAAGGCCACUUCUUCACCUAUCUCUGGGCGCUUGAAGGCACCAAAGAGGGCGACGCUUUGCGUGCGACGCUUCGCAUCUCUUGGGAGGAGUUCUGGGGCGAGCCGCUCACAAUAUCUCGAGGCCGCACCGACGGCCUCCCUGGUUGGACAGUCGCAGCUGCUGUUUCAGCACUUCGUGGAUUCGCGAAGCGCGAGCCGCUGCUUCGGCGAAGUCGGCUGCAAAUCUGCUGCGAGCCGCUCUGGCUUUGUGUACUGCUUCAUGCUGCUGUGGGUUCCGGCCAUUUGCUGGUUCGUGUAAGUAUGUGCUUGCUCCACGCCUUUGCUCACGUCUUUGGCGAAGAGGAGCUCCCAGCCUUUUGGCCGCUGGUGCGGGCACUUGGAGCAGACCUUCUGAAGCAGGGACGACUGAGCGCGGCGGCCACCAUUUCGGCGCAAAUGCUGAACUAUCAGAGCGGCAUUCGACCGCCCUACGUGCCUGCCUUGUCUUUGCAUGUGGCUGCUUCAGCUCAAUAUGCGCCGGCGUCUUCUGACGUGCUUUUUUUUCGAUUCCGACUUCCCGGUGCGCCUGGCUUCAUCCGCAUCCUGCAAAUGCUGACUGCCGAGGCGCGGGCACAAGGCAUUCAAUUCGCCAGACUUGUCAUCAUGGAUGCAUCGCAGAAAUCCUUGAGCUUUACAGAAAUCAGCCGGUUCCGUGCUUUGGCACUACUUCCACAUGUUCCCUAUGCGCAGCGCCUGCCAGAUGUCUUCGCGCUGAACUCGCCCACACUGGUGCCAGCACUCCCGUUGCUGCACAAGUAUGUGUGGCCAUAUGCUGGCCCUUUCUGUGGACGCACAGAUUCUGAGCUUUCUCAAUCGCUGGAUCCGAUGGCGGCCAACACAACGAGCCAUCCCUUCUCACCGUUCGCCUUCCAGGGCAAGGUGUUCCAACCGGAUCGUUUCGAUGAGGACAGACGUUACUGGGCACAGUAUACGGAGUGGGAGCUCUGGCCACACCUAAUUCGCUUCAGGAGUGCCCGGGAGAUGCUUCAGCUGGCCACCAUGACGCAGGACGAAGCCUUCACCGUAAGCUCGCAAAUGCGCCAGCAUCAUGAGGAGCUUCGGCGCUCCUCUCUUCGCUGGUGGCGCCUUGCUUCGCUUGCGACUCAGCCGCUCGGAAGUUCCGUAGCAGUGGGCCAACCGUUGUGGACUUGGUCUGCAUUGCUGGAGAUCUUGGUGGAGAGUCAGGUGAACGAAGACCACUAUCACGCGGAAAGUGUCAGGAGUCAGAGGUUGCAGAUGGCUGCAGAAAAAGCCGACAUCGAAACAGCCACUGCCAGAGUCCGAGAUCUGGAGCUGGAGCUUGAGAGAUGGCAAGGUUGGGCCGAAGAAGAGGUGGCAAAGGCUCAGCGUGACUCAGCUGCCCAGCUUUCCGUGGAACAGCGAAGGGUGGCAGAGCUUGGCCAAGAGCUACCUAGAGUCCGUGAGCGGCUGGCAGAAGCUGAAGCACAGCUCAGGGCCAAGGACUGGGAGCUGGAGCGAGCGAAGACAGAAGCGGCUGCUAAGACUGCGGAGAUGAUCCAGCAGAUGGACGUCGCACAUCGCGAGCACGAGCGCCAGAUGGCACACUACAAGGUCAAUGUGGAGGCAGAACUCCGAAGUGCGGGCUCUUAUGCGGCAGAGCUGGAAAGCAAGCUCAGCGUGCGGGAGCAGGAGCUCGAGCAGCAGCUUGCCGCCGCUUGGGCCAAAGCAGCAGAGCGGGAGGCUCAGCUAGAAACAGCUGACCAGCAGCUGCGCACCAGCCGGGCCAGAGAGAAGCAGCUGGAAAGCAGGCUCACAGAGCUCAGCAAGGACGCGCCCCGCGCCCACGCCCGAGCAGCCGACCUUGAGUCCCAGCUGAGGGCGACUUCCGAGCAACGCAUGGCAGUUCAAAAGCGCGCGUCCGAACUGGAAUUGCUCUUGGAGUCAAAGCAACGGGAGUUUGACCGCCAAGCAUCGCAGUAUCAUGCGAUGCUGAGUGCCGAGGUCCAGAGUGCAUCUUCCCGAGCUGAGUGGGAGGCCAAGCUCAGCUUGCGGGAGCAGGAGCUUGAGCGUCAGUGCACAUCAGCGGCUUCUCAGCUCAAGGAUGCUCACGCAAAGAUUGCCGACCUGGAGGCGCAGCAUGUCAGCAGCAGCCGGCUUUCUCAGCAGUGUGCGGCUCUCGCUACAGAUCUUGGGGCGGCCAGACGGCAAGUGGUGGACUUGGAGGCGCAGGUGGCUGCCAUGGCUGCCCAACGCAGUGCCGAAGCUCGCGGAGAGGCCGAGGAUCGGCACAACAUUGCCAAGGCCGCCGAGCUAAAGGCCAACUUCGAGCAACGCCUCAGCGAGGAGCAGCGCGCUGCUGCUGAGCAGAUGGCACGGCUGGCAGCACAGCUGCACGCCAAGUCCACCGAGACGGCGGAGCUCUCGACAGCUUUGGCAGCCGCCAGAAGCGACCUGGAGAGGCUCCAACCGGCUUUCGAAGAGGAGCUCAGCGCGGAGAAAGCCAAGACCGUUAAGCUGCAGGAAGCACUUCAAGCGUUCGCUGCCAAGCAAGUGGAAGUUGACAGCAAGGAGGUGCAGACACCGCAUCUUGAAGAGAUGUACAGGGUGCAGGCAAUGCUGGAGGCGCUGGAGGCGAACGUUUACGAGUUGGCCCAGAAGUUGGAGGUUCAGACUUGGGCCACCGUGGAUGCGGAGACCAGGGCGGAAGCAGAGAACAACCAGCUGCGGGCCAGCGAGACCCGCUGCUCGGAGCUCUGGAAAGAAAACAAAGAGCUCCAGCUCAUGGUGGAAACGGUGGCGGAGCGCGAGAAGUCGAACGCUUCCUCGUCCGAAGCCCACAUCAACGCUCUCAAGGAGCAGCUGCAGCAGGCCCGCACUGAUGCCCUGGAGGAGGUCGAGCGGACCUCCAAUCGCAUUGGUGCGCUGCAUGGACAGGUUGCCAAGAGCUCGCACGAAGCAGCUGAUCUGGAGAAGAGACUGAUGGAGGAGUCUGACAAGGCAAAGCAGCUCACCAAAGAAAAUGCUGACUUGCAGCAGCAGUUUUGCCAGGCACAAAGCGCAGCAAAAGAAGUGGCGGAGCUUCAGCAGCGCCUGCAAGUUGCGAAGGUUGAGUUGGAGCAGGCUGCCAAGGAGAAGGAGAAGGCGGCUGAACUGGAGCGGCGUUUGCAAGAGGAAAAAGACAAGGCGCUGGACCCCGCACUGCUCCAGCAGGAAAGAGACAAGGUGGUGCAGUUGGAGCGACGGCUGCAAGAAGAGAGCGACAAGGCAACAAGUUUCCAGCAGCAACUGGAAGAAAGGAGCAAGGCGUUGGACCCCGCGCUGCUCCAACAGGAAAAGGACAAGGUGGUGCAGUUGGAGCGACGGCUGCAAGAAGAGAGCGACAAGGCAACAAGUUUCCAACAGCAACUGGAAGAAAGGAGCAAGGUGUUGGACCCCGCGCUGCUCCAACAGGAAAAGGACAAGGUGGUGCAGUUGGAGCGACGGCUGCAAGAAGAGAGCGAAAAGGCAGCAAGGUUCCAGCGGCAGCUGGAAGAACGGAGCAAGGCGUUGGACCCAGCGCUGCUCCAACAGGAAAAGGACAAGGUGGUGCAGUUGGAGCGACGGCUGCAAGAAGAGAGCGAAAAGGCAGCAAGUUUCCAGCGGCAGCUGGAAGAACGGAGCAAGGCGCUGGACCAUGCGCUGCCCCAGCAGGAAAAGGCAGUGGAGCCAUCACGCCAGCAAGGGGAAGAUGGCCAGGCGGCCGGGCUGUGCACAAGCCCAAUAUUCAAGGUUAAGGUCAAGCUUCAGGCCAAGCUUGACGAGCAUCCUACGCGGCGGACUGAAGAUGAGGUAGAAUUGUGGAAGCCUUCAGCACCGAAAGUCCGACAACAAUCCAUGGAGCAGCAGGAAAGCGGACCACCUCCACAGCCGCAGCAAAGCAACGAGGAGGUCCAGAGCCCAUAUGCGAUGCUACUUCAGCAAGAGCAGUCGAAGGUGCUGGUGUUGGAGCAGCAGCUGCAAUCUGAGAAAGACAAGGUAGCUGAACUGGAGAAGCGGCUUCAGCAAGGAAACGCUCAGGCUCUCGAGGCCGGCGGUCGAAGGCAUGUGAGCCCAGAGGAUCUGGGAGUGAGCGUCCUCUACCUUUGCACGUUCGUCCAGGAGCUCGAAUCUCAGGGGCUCCCUGCGAGCUCCAGCCUCCAGGAUGCGGAGGCCCAGAUCAUUCAACAAAUCGAUGCUGCCUCACGCCAGGGCGAAGAGGUUGCAGCCUCCUACAUCUCGCUACUAGAAGGCGGAGAAGACACUGGUCCUGCUACUCACUACUUGUGCUGUGCUUCUACUGCCUCGCUCCGUGACCUCGUCGAUGCUUUGAAGUCCCACUGUGAAGAUGCCGGCUUGCACAUGGGCAGCACCUACGUGUGGCUGCGCUGCUUCUCCGGCAACAUGCGAAGCACCGCAACGGCCACCUCUCAGGCGAGUCGGAUGCGACGCAUUGGCCGCGUGUGGCUACUUCUGCCGCCAUGUGACAUCGCCUCCUUCACAGGAUCCAGCUCCUGCCUCUCAGAGCUGAAAUUGGCCACGUCCCUUGAGAAAGAGGGCCUCGAAGUGCGGCUGCUGGCUUCUCCACAGCAGGUCCAGGAGCUUGGGAAGGUGGUUUCAGAAGGUGGUUGCACUCCGGAGUGGCAAAGCUGGGCAGGCUUGAACCUGGACCAAGCGCUGCACAGGCGCCUCCGCUGCUGGGUGGGCACGCUGGCAGAAGCCUGGCUGCGCCGGAAGCUGCUGGAAGGCUCGCCUUCGGCUUCGGCGGAGUCUUCGCCUGCCUGGGCCUGCGAUGCCGUCGGUUGGCUGCUGCGGGAGGUCUCCCUUCAUCAGAAGGCCGAAAGCUUGCUACAAGACGGCUUGCAACUGGCCUUGAACGGCGACGCAAGCGCACUGCUGAGCAGUCCCGGCACUGGCCCCGGCCGCCGUUGCACGGAGCUUCGGCAGUCAUACGAUGAUACCAGGAGGGCACACGAGCAGAUGGGUACCCUCGAAACAGCCACUGGCAUCCAACUCCUCGAGUCUAUCGGCGCAGUGCGAUGGAGUGCCGGCGAUGCCACAGGAGCUGCAGAUGCGCUGCAGGAAGCGCUACGCAUUCGCCGCGUUAACCGAAGCAUCGAGAGUGCGGAAGGAGCCAUGUUACUUCGCAACUUGGGCAUCAUCCUUCGGAUGCGUGGGGACCUGGAUGCCGGACUCGAGGCCUUGGCCGAGGCGAAGCGCAUUCGAGAAUGCACUGGCAGCUUGUUCGGGGCUGAUGGUGUCGUGCUACUGCUGAACUUGGCCUUUGCCAGAGCUGACCGUGGCGACCACAAAAGUGCUUUGGAGGCCUUCGAGGAAGCCACCACACUGUUGGGCGCUGGCUCUGCAUGCUCCUGCGAAAGCCAUGAGGAUGAGGCUCUUCCAGAGCCGCUCGAGAAUACGCCAUGUGGCGCCAGUCUCUUCGCUGCCAUCGGGGUCUCUCGGGGCAACUGUGGCAAUCAGGCAGGCGCACUCAGUGCAUACAAACAUGCCGAGCUGAUUCGCCAACGUACCAAAACGCUGCGCACACCAGCUGGCGCCGUCCUGUGUCGCAAUCAGGGCGUGGCACUCCUGGCUCUGGAUGAUGCUAAAGCCUCAUUGAAGAAGUUCCUGGAGUCGAAGGAGAUUCGCGAGAAGACAGGUUGCCUCGUUGGUCCUGCCGGGGCCAACCUUUUGGGCAGCCUGGCAUGGUCGCGGGUGCAGUGCGGUGACCUUGGGAAAUCCAUAGAAGACUGCCUCGAAGCCCACGAUCUACAUAAGAAGGCAGGCACUUUGCACACUCCUGGAGGGCGAGCUGUGGUCGAGAUGAUGAGGAGCCUCGAACGCCGGGCCUCUGCUGGUAGGCAAGACGGGCGAUAG